CCACACAACACAAGCACUUGUUGGGUCCGAAGGCAUGGAAGAGUUACGGAAACUUGAAAAGGUACAGAGUAUGCUGGAAUUCAUGGAAUCACGGCGCGUUUCAAACUCAGACGAUCACCGCUCUAACCGUUUUCUCGCUAAUUUUAUUCUCUUCUUAAUCGAACCCUGCGGAGACCUUGCCAUGAACGACAAGUGCUGCUUGCUUUCUCAGUUUAUUCCCACUCUCUCACCCGCUUUCCUCGACGACGCGUAUCAACACCACCUUGUCGCCACCAAACAAGAAGAUUCCGAUUUUCAACAAAGUCUUGUUGGAAGUGCUUUGCGUAGUUGCAAUCAGACGAAAGAGUACAGUUUGUUGCAAAGUUGUAAUGAAAGCACUGCCAUGGUCGAGCUGGAUUCCAUGCAAAUGGCCAAUUCUACUCUUGAGGAUUUUUGCAGAUCUUAUUUUAUGUUUCAUGGAUUGGAUGUAAGCAAGCCACAGUCAAUCUUCAAAUACUUACCUAUUCUUUCAUUCACGGAGAGUUAUAUUUAUCAGCUGGAUAAAAUGAAUGAGAAAUUGCUGCAAACACCAAACAAUGGAAAGUCUGUAUUUGGAGAAAAAGAUGAGAGAGGAACUCAUGUUUCAGCUUCUUACAUCUCAAAUGACCCAGUUAGACCACUUAUGACUAUUCUUGAACACAAAGGCCUUUUGACUGACAGGAUAAGAGAGGAAUUUAGACAUGGAGAAGAGUACUGGGCUCUUGAAAGAAAGCUCUGUUAUGCACUAAUAAACAAAGAGGAGAUUCUUGUUGAAGAUGUGAUGAAGGCUAUUCGUUUAAAGUCUUUUGAUUACCGAGUGCUGAAUCUUCUUCUCUAUCAACUGCGAGGGGCAAAGAAGGUUGAGGAGUUGCAUAUGGAGUUUCUCUCAAUUUCAGAGUUCCUGGUGGAAGUUUCUGAUGAUCUGUAUGAUUAUGAGGAUGAUGUUUUAGAGAAUAAUUUCAAUAUUUUGCGCAUGUUUAUCCGAAUAUAUGGAGCUUCAACUGCCCCAGCUAUGCUGGCGAAGUGUAUUAGUGAGGCCGAAGAUAAGUAUGAAUCUUUACUGAAAUCACUCGACCCGCAACUCUCUCUAAGCUACCAGAAAAGAUGUGCAGAAGCCACUAAAGAAGGUGGAAAGGUAUCAGAGCACCCUCUUGGCACGUGGAAUAUUCCAACCGUGAUUCAAGAUGAGGAAUUGUAUAGAUUAAAGUUGAAGUCAGAUGCUUCGUGAAUAUAAAAACUUGAACUGUGUCUCUAUGAGGAGCCUUUAUGUGCAAAGAAAAACAGAAUAGGUUCAAGUCCUCCAACAUGUCACAACAAGUGCAACCAGUGUCAUCCAUGCAUGGCAGUUCAAGUUCCAUCAGUGCGUAGCCAUAACCGAGUUCAGCCAUGUCGUGCCCCAAAAAAAUUCUCUCUUCAAGGUAACAGGUACUCCAAUUACAAGCCAUUGAGUUGGAAAUGUCAUUGUGGUGACCACUUUUUCAACCCUUAGAAAUGGUAACAUAUUCUCAUGUUGGAGAUUAUGAUUAUCUUCAUCUUUAGAUGUAAAAUGGAAAUUGCACCUCUUCUUUUCAUUUUCUUUUUGGGUCUAUAUUAUGGACAAAACUUACUUAUGGUUUAUUGAGUAUUAUUGUUUUGGUUU